AUGACCAUCUCUCCUGAGCUGUUCGAGAAGCUCUACCUCCAGCCAAAGGUCCCUCAAUAUGCUCGAUUCGCCAACCCGACGCCUAUGGGACUCGUCGGUUUCGUGAUCUCGACCUUCACCUUUUCGAUGAUCUUGAUGGGCUGGGGCGGCGCGAGCGGGUUCCCGGCUGUUGUUGGUAUCUUCUUCUUCGUCGGACCUCUUAUGUUGACGCUGGCUGCCAUCUUCAACUGGAUCAUGGGCAACUUCUACCCUAUGAUGGCCACUUCGCUGUUCGCAGUCUUCUGGCUCUCUUUCGGCAUGCUCCAGCUCCCAACGCUCGGCCUGGCAGCAUACUACUCCUCGGACGGCACCAAUGCGACUGAGGGUGCUCAGAGCUCGGGAUACAAUACCGUCAUUGGUCUCUACUGCAUUGUCUGGGGCUUCGCUUUCUUGACCUACCUUAUCUUCGCUCUCAAGACCAACGCUCUCUUCGCCGGCAUCUUCUUCCUCGCUGCUGUGGCUGUCUGGACACUCGCCGGUGCCUACUUCAGCACGGCAACUGGCGACUACACGACCGCUGGAAGCUGCCAAACUGCCGCCGGUGCACUCCUCUUCGUCGUCUCGAUCCUCGGAUGGUGGAUCGUAGUCGCAAUGAUGGCCGCCGAGAUGCGCAUUGGCAUUAACGUGCCCAUCGGCGACCUGAGCCACUUCUGGGCCGACACCAAGGCUGCUGAGGCGGUUCACGAUGUUGAGAAGCAGGAGUAA